AUGGGCUUCCGAGACAAGUUGAAGAAAAAGGGAAAGCAGGUCGAGGGUGCGGCCCAGGGCAGCGACGCUUGGGGGCCGGCUCGCGACGACCAUCGCGACGACCAUUACGACGACCAUUACGAUGGCCAUCACGAAGACCAUCACGAUGGCCAUCACGGCGGCCAUGAUGACGACCGUCGCGACGACCAUCACGACGACUUCGCGUCGCCACGCUCCGACGCGCGCUCCCGGCGGGACGUGCCGGCCUACACCGACGACGACUGCCCUCCCUCGACGCCGCCGCGUGGCCGCGCGCGCACUCCCGACCUUGGCUUUGAUUUCUUCCGCACGCUGACGGACGACGAGUUGCCGCGAGAGCCCGAGGUGCUGACGCCGUCGUUGGCCCGUCGCCUCGCCGAGCAGCUGCACCUCGCCCAUCGCCCUCCCGUCUCGCAGAGGGUGCCGUCCUAUCUCCCCGAGAUCGUCACCCCGGACCGCACGCACGAGAGCCAGCGCGCCCUCCACGAGAGCCAGCGCGCCAUCCACUCGCAGUGGGAGAGGCGCGCCAUCCUGUUGGCCGAUAAGAACCGGCGCGCGAGCAAGCAGAUGGCGGCCAGGAUCGCCCGCCCCGACGAGAAGCUGAGGCGCGCGAGCCGGAACCGUCGCUCCAGCUCCUCGGCCGGCCGCCUGCUGCAGGUCGACGCCGUCAUCCAGGACGCCAUCGCCUAUCACGAGGAGGGCCAGUACCAGGAGGCGACGGCCAUCUUCGCCCGCCUUGCCGACCCCGACGGCGCCAACAACCCCCUGAGCCAGGUCCUCUACGGCCUCGCCCUGCGCCACGGCUGGGGCUGCGAGGCGGACCCCGAGGCGGCCCUCUACUACCUGUCGGCCGGCGCCUCCAACGCCGCCGCCGUCGAGGAGACGGCCCUCCGCGCCGGCAUCGAGAGCGGCGGCGCCGGCAAGGGCGAGCUGGUCCUGGCCAUCUUCGAGCUGGCCAACAGCUUCCGUCACGGCUGGGGCCUGCCCCGCGACGCCUUUGCCGCGAAGCAGUACUACGAGACGGCGGCCAAUCUCGGCGACGUCGACGCCAUGAACGAGGUCGCCUGGUGCUACCUCGAGGGUUUCGGAUGCGACAAGAACCGCUUCGUCGCCGCAAAGUACUACCGCAUGGCCGAGUCGGCCGGCAGCCAGACGAUGGGUAACUCUUGGAUCUGGAAGAAAAAGUACAACCCGGCCGGCGACGACGGCGACAACGCCAAGAAGCAGGAGUGA